AUGGCGGCGGUCGCGGAGCACACGCACCACCUCCUCCGCAUGUUCCGCCACCCCCGCAGCCAGCAACUGGGGGCCGCCGAACAGCUCCUCGGCGCGUAUCGCGUGACGCUGAACGUGCGAGGGUGGUGGCGCAGCGUCGUGGUCGACGACUACUUCCCCAUGACGGAGGGCAGCAGUUACAUGAAUUGCGCGCACAGUCACCGUGAUGUGCGGGAGCUGCGGGUGCCGCUGCUGGAGAAGGUGUACGCUAGGAUGCGUGGCGGCUACUCUAACAUCAUCACUGGCAAUCCGCUCAUGGCUCUGCGUGACUUCACCGGUUGGCCGUGCACCCGCUACGACAUCGCACACUUCAACGACAUUUCUGUGGUGUCGUCUAGCUUUGCGUCGCGACUCAUGCGGUACGACCGGUACGGGUUUCAGGUCAUCCUGCACACGGCACCCCGCUUCGAUCCUGAUGGCAUGAUGCUCCAGACCGACGUAGCUACCUCACGAGCAGAGAUGUCUCUGCCUUCAGCGGCGGAGGCUUCCGGGCGCGGCGCGUGCACUGAAGCAGGGGCGGUUCACGGGCUCCUCGCCGACAUGGUGUACCCCGUCAUGCGCAUCUUGCGGUUCAACGCCGAUUCGUUUUAUGCCGAGCUGACGCUGCUCCAAGUGCGGAAUCCGUGGGGAGCCAUAGCAGCGUGGAAAGGAAAGUGGCGGUGUGGCAGUCGCCUCUGGGAGCAGUGGCCACAGAUUGCCGCGGCAUGUGACAUGCAGGAGUGCCUGCAUCGUGACGGCAGUGGCGGCAUGAUAUCGUCAAGGCACGAUCUCCGAGACAGAUGUGCGGCACCACCGGCGCCGCAGACAGCCACCACGGCUGCUGGCGCCACCACUACCGCGUGCGCCUGUCGCCGCAACCAGUACAUCUGGGUAGAGUGGUCAGGGGUGUACCAGCACUUCUCCGGCUGCGGCGUCAUAUUCCGACUCCCCCUUCACCACGACUAUCGCGUAAAAGGGGUGUUCGACACCACCUGCCCAUCUGUGUGGGUGCGGGUGUCGGUCGCGGCGUGCACCUUCAUAGGUGCCAUGCUCUCUAUGAGCGACACAGUCGGGGACAGGUCCUUGGCGGCGACGGACACGGAAGACGCGAGCACAUACCCGCUCAUCAUGCUCACGCUGGCGCGAGAGGAAGUUGGCGUGCUGCACGUCGUGCGCAACUCGCAGGCUGACCCUGACAAUCCGACAACGCGCUUUAGCUUUAUGUGA